AUAAUCGAGUUCCGGUGGUCUUGUGUGCGGAAACCGGAAACUACAAGUCAGCUGCUGGGAAGCUGAAUGUGUUUAUCUCUAAAUAAGCUUGAUGGCUAAAGUCGUCAGUUGUUAAGGUGUUCAUUACUCUGCUGGGGUAGUUUCUGGAAACAGUUGAACGGCAGUUCUUUGGAAAUCUAAUACAGACCGUGAAGAUGAAGUCUGUGUUUCUUCUCGAGGCUUUGUUUUUGGCUUGUUUUGUGCUUUUAAACCAAGUGACAGCGAAGAAUUCUGAAGACAUUCGUUGUAAAUGCAUCUGUCCGCCAUACAGAGAGUUUCCGGGGCAAAUCUACAAACAAAAUGUCUCUCUCAAAGACUGUAACUGUCUCCAUGUCGUUGAACCCAUGCCGGUUGAGGGAAAAGAUGUGGAGGCGUACUGUUUACGCUGCGAGUGUAAAUAUGAAGAGAGGAGCUCAGGGACAAUUAAGGUUACCAUCAUAAUGUACCUCUCCAUUUUGGGCCUGCUGCUGCUCUACAUGGUCUACCUGACUCUCUUGGAGCCCAUAUUGAAGAGGCGUCUGUUUGGACAUUCACAGCUUAUCCAAAAUGAUGAUGAUGUCGGGGACCAGCAGCCUUUUGCCAAUGCUCACAACGUUUUGUCCCGUUCACACUCUCGACCCAACAUGCUGAACAAAGUGGAGCAUGCCCAGCAGCGCUGGAGGAGGCAGGUCCAGGAACAGAGGAAGUCUGUGUUCGACCGUCAUGUUGUUCUCAGUUAAACUGCCCUGCGAGCAAGAGUUCCUGCUGGAGGAAAAAAACAA